AAUUCCUCCACCAUGUCGGGAAAGCAAUGGAUCCCCAGAGCGGUGAAGGUGAAAAACACCCCUGCCGAAGUGCAGAUCACAGCAGAACAGCUUCUGAGGGAAGCUAAAGAAAGAGACCUUGAACUUCUGCCGCCAGGUCCUCGCCAGAAAAUCACCAGUGAAGAAGAAUUCAGCGACUACAAACUCCGGAAGAGACGGACUUUUGAGGACAACCUAAGAAGGAACAGAACCGCAAUUUGCAACUGGAUCAAAUACGCCCAAUGGGAAGAGAGGCUGAAGGAAAUUCAAAGAGCUCGUUCCAUAUACGAGCGGGCCUUAGACUUGGACUGCCGAAAUAUCCCCCUCUGGCUCCGAUAUGCAGAAAUGGAGAUGAGGAACAGACAAGUCAAUCAUGCCCGAAAUAUCUGGGAUCGGGCCGUGCAGAUUCUUCCCCGGGUCAACCUGCUGUGGCACAAAUACACGUACAUGGAGGAGAGGUUGGGGAACGUGGCGGGAGCCCGGCAAGUGUUCGAACGCUGGUUGCAAUGGCAGCCUGACGAGCAAGCCUGGCACUCCUAUAUCAGCUUUGAGCUGAGAUACAGAGAGGUGGAUCGGGCGGAAGGCCUUUACCAAAGGUUCGUCCUCGUGCACCCUGAGGUGAAGAACUGGAUCAAGUACGCCCCACACCAAGAAAAACAGGGCACUUUUGCUCACGCCAGGAAAGUCUAUGAAAGGGCUGGGGACUACUUCGGAGAGGAGCGCAUGGACGAAUGUCUCUAUGUGGCCUUUGCCAAGUCUGAGGAAAAUCGGAAAGAGUUCGAAAGGGCCCGAGUCAUCUACCGAUAUGCCCUGCACAGGAUCCCCAAGCAAGCAGCCCAGGAGCUCUUGCGGAAUUAUAGCAUCUUUGAAAAGAAAUUCGGGACGACGCGGGGCAUUGAAGACGUCAUCGUGAGCAGAAGGAGAUUCCAGUAUGAAGAAGAGGUGAAGACCAACCCACACAAUUAUGACGCCUGGUUUGAUUAUUUGCACUUGCUGGAGACGCAUGGGGAGGAACCAGACGCCCUGCGAGAUGCGUACGAAAGGGCCAUUGCCAACGUGCUGCCGAACCAAGAGAAGAGGCACUGGAGGAGAUACAUAAACCUCUGGAUCCACUAUGCCCUGCACCAAGAGUUGGAGGCCAAGGAUCCGGAGACCAGGCAGGUCUAUCAGGCUUGUCUGAAACUGAUUCCUCACCAAAAAUUCACCUUUGCGAAAAUGUGGCUACUCUAUGCCCAGUUUGAAAUACGACAAAAAAAUCUACCGCUUGCCAGGAGAGCCUUGGGGACCUCUAUUGGCAAGUGUCCCAAAAGCAAACUCUUUCGGGGAUACAUUGAACUGGAGCUGCGGUUUCGAGAAUUCCAGCGGUGCCGCCAACUUUAGGAAAAGUUCCUGGAACUCGCGCCAGAAAGUUGCCCGACACGGAUCCAGUUUGCCGAGUUAGAGACAAUUCUUGGUGACGUGGACAGAGCCCGGGCGAUCUACGAGUUGGCUGUCGACCAGCCGUGCUUAGACACUCCAGAGGUGCUUUGGAAAGCCUAUAUUGAUUUUAAAACCGAGCAAGAAGAAUCGGAGAAAACAAGAAGUCUCUACCGGAGAUUGCUCCAACGCACGCAGCAUGUCAAGGUAUGGCUCGGUUUUGCCCAGUUUGAGCUAUCUGAAGGAAAAGAAGAGAGCCUCACUUGCUGCAGACAGAUUUAUGAAGAAGCCAACAAAAGAAGGAAAAAUAAUAAAGAGCAGGAACAGAGAUUUCUGCUCUUACAAUCCUGGAAAAACUUUGAACAUGAAUUUGGAACCGAAUCUCAAAAGGCAAGGGUGGACCAGCUCUUGGCACAGAGAGCUCGCAAAAGAAGAAAAGUACAGGCGGAAGAUGGGUCUGAUGCUGGCUGGGAAGAGUGUUCCCAUUACAUCUUUCCAGAAGAGGAAGAAAACCAGCCGCACCUCAAACUGCUAGCUGAAGCCAAACUUUGGAAGAAACGGCAACGACAAGAGGAGGCUGCAGAACAAGAUCCCGAGAAAGACACGCAUUAGAUCGAAUCUGGACUUUUUCCAUGUUGUUG